AUGCUGGCCUCAAAUGACCCGCGCCUGUACGGUCGCAUCAUCCACGCCAACGUUGCGCCGGACGCAAUCCUCCAGACGCCGGCGCACUCGACACAGGGCACUGAGAACAUUCACAACCUUCUUGCUCUCCACGCCGCUCUAUCCGACAACACCCUUGGUGACCUCGUUUGGGACGAGGCGACCAAGACUGCACACGUCUGGGUGAAGACGACGUACGCUCUUCCGCUGGACAAGGCUCCCUGGCCCAUCUCUGCGGCCGGCCUCCUCCGCUUCAAUGUGGAGUGGGACGACAUCCAAGUCCACCUUGCUCCCGACCGCCGUGUCCCGGCUCCCUCGGACGCUACCGAGGCCCACGCCAAGUACCAUGUCACCAAGGUCGCCACGCCACAGCGCCCGCCUCGCCACCGCAUUCUGCAGUUUGCGUACCACGUCGUAAUGUACUUUGUCCGCCUCAUCGUCCCCUACUUGCUCCCAGCCUUCAUCACGCUGCUCAAGUUCUUUGAGCGUCACCCGCUCUCGGACGGUAUCGUCUCGGUGACCUUUGCUGCUGUCUACGAGAUGGCCCAGUGGUUCUUUGCUGGCGUCUUGCACUUCCUCGGCAUCCACCUGGGCCGCCAACACAAGCCCACCACGGACGUCUGCGAAGAUUCCCUUGGCACCACCACUGACGUCAACACCCCCAGCGAGAAGUCGUCCCCCGCGUCCGCCAGGAAGACGAGCGACCUCCCGGCGUCUGCCCCUAGGUCAACCCAGUCCUCCCAGGCGCCCUACACCCUCGCUCCGGUUGUUGACGCCAGCGCCGAGGACGAGCAAGACGACGAUACGGCCGACGACUCGCUCCGCCUCGCGCCCGAGAUGGGCACGGACCAAGGCCGUUCGUCUGCGAACACGUCGCGCUCGCCUUCGCCCGGCGCGGCUGAGGGUGCCGAGCAGCACCACAAGCACGGCGACCACAAGAAGCACAAGAAGCACAAGAGGAACAAGCAGACGCCUCACCACCACGCCCACCACCAGCACAAGUAG